ACUGUAACUCUGAGGAUAUUAGGCGCAGAGGUCUUUCUACUCAACUUCAAUGAGCUUGCACCCUUGUUGAUACAGGCACAUUCUUUCGGCCCCCCUUUCCACUAAUUUAGGGUAGGAUUUUUUGGAAAACUGAGGGAGUUGUCCCCGCCCUACAUCCCCAGGAAAACCUGUGGUAGCUCUCACCACCUCCCUCCUCCACCCUCACAGAUGCAGACUGAGUGUUUCACAUCAGCAAGAUUCAUUCCAGCUCAACUUGUGCUUCUCAGGCAGACUUAUUACAGCGCUUGCAGUGGACACUCAGCUACAGUGCUAUGGAUGUUAUGAAGAUGUCUUUUUUGCCAUGUCAACAGCUCAACCAUUAACUGAGGAGGGAAGAGACCUGCUGUGCUGGACAAAUAUAGACUGAGACGCCUCAGAGUUCUGUCCACCUCUGAAUCAGCCAUGGGGAAAGUCUACUAUGUCAGUAAAAAUGUGGGCCUUGGGGUUCUUAUGUUGGGCACCUUAGCUUUGGCUAUAAUUAUAGCUCUAUCCAUUGCUUAUGACAAGGAAAGGGCGAAGAAUCGAAGCAAACCUGGAGAUGGAGUAACGGACAGUACCAGCAUGCCCAUACUCCCCACAACCCCUUCUGCCCCAAAGGAGACCUGGGACCACUACAGACUUCCGGACUCAUUCAUUCCUAUAUCAUACGCUGUAACCUUGUGGCCUCGGCUGGUACCAAACGAUGACGGCAUGUACAUCUUCACCGGACACUCAACUGUGGUCUUCAGAUGUGUGAAGGAAACAAACCUUAUCCUCAUUCACUCCAACAAACUGAAUCUCACCAUUUUUAAUGAGCAGCUUGCUAAGUUGAGUGCUUUGGGUGAACAUACUGCCCCUGCUAUAGCGAAGUCUUGGCUUGUUUCAAAGACUCAGUAUCUGGUUCUGCAGCUACGUAAAUCACUGACUGUGGGGAGGUCCUAUAUUCUUUACACUGAAUUCCAGGGGGAGCUGGCAGAUGACCUGGAAGGCUUUUACAGAAGUGAAUAUGUUGAGGAUGGCGUAAAAAAAAUUGUUGCCACAUCACAGAUGCAAGCAACAUUUGCCAGAAAAACAUUCCCUUGCUUUGAUGAACCAGCUAUGAAAGCAGUCUUCAAUGUCACCAUCAUUCAUGACCGAGGAACUAUCGCUCUGUCCAACGGCAAAGAAAUGGGCACUGCAGACUCCCUCAUCGAUGGCAUAGCUAUCAGAAUAACUACAUUUGAGCCCACAGAGAGAAUGUCCACAUAUCUCCUGGCAUUUAUCGUGUGUGACUUUGUUAACAUUCAUUCAACUCAAAACAAUUUGUCGAUCCGAAUCUGGGCUCGAAGAAAAGCUAUAGAUGACAGACAGGGUGAAUAUGCGCUGAACGUUACAGGACCAAUACUUCACUUCUAUGAGCAGUAUUACAAUGCAAGAUAUCCGCUCUCCAAGUCAGAUCAGAUAGCCCUGCCGGACUUCAAUGCUGGAGCAAUGGAGAACUGGGGUUUAGUCACAUACAGGGAGACGGCUUUACUGUACGCCCUCAUAUCCUCAACAGGAAACAAAGAGAGAGUUACUACUGUCAUCGCACAUGAACUUGCUCACAUGUGGUUUGGCAAUCUGGUGACUCUGCGAUGGUGGAAUGACUUGUGGUUGAACGAAGGCUUUGCGUCAUAUGUGGAGUACCUUGGAGCUGACUAUGCUGAGCCCACCUGGGAUAUGAAAGACCAGAUCAUUUUGUACGAUGUGCACAAGGUGUUUGCGGUGGACGCCCUGGCCUCUUCACACCCACUGUCCUGUCUAGAAGAUGAGGUUAACACCCCGGCUCAGAUCAGCGAGAUGUUCAACACCAUCUCCUACAGCAAGGGAGCGGCAGUGCUCAGGAUGCUGUCAGAGUUUCUCAGUGAGCCUGUGUUUGCCCGAGGACUCAGUUCUUACCUGAAUACAUUUGCCUUUGGAAACACAGUGUACACAGACUUAUGGGACCAUCUCCAACAGGCAGUUGACAACACACCAGGUCUACAUAUUCCACACAGUGUCCAUGAUAUUAUGCACCGUUGGACUCUUCAGAUGGGCUUCCCAGUGGUCACUAUCAACACUCAAUCAGGAAGUAUCACCCAGAAACACUUCCUGUUGGAUCCAGACUCUGUAGUGGAGAGACCCUCACAGUUCAAUUACACAUGGUUUGUCCCAAUCAAAUGGCUAAAGACAGGUGUGGAGCAGCAGCAGUACUGGCUUCUUCACAAGACAGAUGUCAACAGUCAGAUGACUACGUCAGGAAGUGACUGGGUGCUUGCAAACACCAACGUAUCUGGAUAUUUCAGAGUAAACUAUGAUCUCGAGAACUGGGAUCGUCUUCUUUCUCUGCUUAAUACCAACCAUAAGGCUUUAUCAGUCAUCAACAGAGCACAGAUUAUAGAUGAUGCAUUCAAUUUAGCAAGAGCCAAAAUCAUCAAUACCACAUUAGCCCUGAGAACCACAAAAUACCUGUCCAAUGAGAGAGACUACAUCCCCUGGGAGUCAGCCCUGAGGAACCUCAACUACUACAUCCUUAUGUUUGACCGCACUGAGGUUUAUGGGGCUUUACAGGCUUACAUGAAGAAACAAAUACAGCCGCUGUUUGAGCACUUCAGAAGCAUUACUUCUAACUGGACUAAAGUACCUGAAGGACACACAGACCAAUAUAAUCAGAUCAAUGCUAUUGGAGUAGCUUGCAGUAUGGAUGUAGAGGGCUGCAGAGAACUGACCAAAAGCUGGUUCAGACAGUGGAUGCAAAACCCAAUGCACAACCCGAUUCAUCCCAACCUGAAAAGCACAGUUUAUUGCAAUGCCAUAGCUUUUGGUGGCACAGAGGAGUGGGACUUUGCCUGGAAAAUGUUCAAGAAUGCUACUCUGGCAUCUGAGGCCUCCAGGCUCAGGGGGUCUUUGGCCUGUACUAAAACACCUUGGCUUUUGAACAGGUAUGUACUGGAGUACACCCUAGACACCUCUAAGAUCCGUAAGCAGGACGCCACAUCUACCAUCCAGUCCAUAGCCCCUAAUGUUGUUGGGAUGCCCCUGGCCUGGAACUUUGUAAGAGAAAGAUGGAGCACAUUUUUGAGCAGUAUGGAAGGGGAUCAUUUUUCCUUCUCUAGCCUCAUUAAAUGGAAUCACGAGGAGAUCUCAACAGAGUUUGAGUUGCAGGAGCUUAAAGAUUCAAAGAAGAAACCAACAUGUUGGUUUUGGCUCAGCAACCAUGGCCAUGGGAACAGGCUAUAGAGAAGACUUGCGGCCAAUAUUAAAUGGUGUGACUGAGAACAAAGUCCAAGUACUGAAGUGGUUUACUGAGGAG